AUGCUUUCUAUCUCAUCUUAUAAAAGAAUUGAAGUUAUUGGUAGGGGGAAAUUUGGUAUUGUUUAUAAAGCUCAGAAUAAACAAACUAAACAAAUUGUUGCCAUUAAAGUUUUAAACUUAGAUAAUCAAGAUGAUGAAAUACUAGACGUUCAAAAAGAAAUCCAGUUUCUAACUGAAUUAAAAAAUAUACCAAAUAUAACUCAUUAUUAUGGUUCAAUUUUAAAUGAUACAAAAUUAUGGAUUAUAAUGGAUUAUUGUGCUGGAGGUUCUUUAAGAACUUUAUUAAAAGCAGGAGUAUUGGAAGAGAAAUAUAUUGGUAUUAUAGUGAGAGAAUUAUUAAUUACAUUAAAUUAUGUCCAUAAAUUAGGGGUUAUACAUCGAGAUUUAAAAGCUGCAAAUAUUUUAGUUUCAAAAGAUGGUCAUGUUCAAAUUUGUGAUUUUGGAGUUGCUACGAAAUUAACAAAUUCGAGUGCAAAAAGAAACACAAUGGUGGGGACUCCAUAUUGGAUGGCUCCUGAAGUUAUUAAAACUGGUGAAACUUAUAAUUCAAAAGCUGAUAUUUGGUCCUUAGGAAUUACAAUUUAUGAAGUUGCAACUGGGAAUCCACCUUAUUGUGAUAAAGAUCCAAAUUGGGCAAUGCAAUUAAUUAGUUCCAAAACUCCACCAAGAUUAGAAGGUAGAGAAUACCCACAACCAUUAAAAGAAUUUAUUGCAUUAUGUUUAGAUGAAAAUCCAGAAGAAAGACUAUCAGCUGAAGAAUUACUAAAGACUAGUAGAUUAGUUAAAAUUUAUAAAAAUUUACCAACUAAUUUAUUAAAAGAAGUUAUAUCAAGAUAUUUAUUAUGGAGAGAUAGAAAUAGUUCAAGAGAUUCAGUAUUUAUAAAUUUAGAAGAUGAACCUGAGGAAUUGGUAGAUAAAACAGUUGAACAAAAACAUAAUAACCUAAAUUUACAUCAUGAUAAUUCAUCAAAUCAACAAAUUCAAGUAAGAUGGGAUUUUGAUUCAUUAGAAAGUAGAGAAUAUAUAAUGGAGAAUGAAAUUGAUAUGAACCAUAUAAAUCAAAUCUAUGAAUAUGAAAAUGAUAUUGAACAAUAUCAAAAUAAUAAUAAUCAAGAUGAUUUUGGAACAUUACCUACUUUAAUACCAAAUUACUCAAAUUCAACAUUAUCAAAUGCAAAUAAUAAUAAUACCUCCGUCAAGGAUAUACCGAAAUCAUUACAAAUGUUAUUUGAAGAAGGUUCUGAAGAUGGUAAUAGUAUACAUGAAAUACAAGAAAUUCAUCAACCUCCACCUCCUAAAUUUUCAUCAUCAAGAAGAAUGGAAUCUCCAAGUAUUGAAAUACCUGAUAUUGAUACAUUAAAUAAUUUCCCAUCAAUAAGUGUAAAUAACAACAAUAAUCAUCCACCGUUAAACAAACCACCUACUUUAUUACAUUCACAAUCUGCAUCUGGUCAAUUAGAGAAUAGUAGAUUUAUAUCAUUAAAUACAUCACCUAAUGAAUCAAGAACAAGGAAAAAGACGAUAUCAAACUCAAUAAAUUCACAAUCGAGUACAACAAAUUUAAAUUCAUCAAAUAAUAUAAAUAUUAUACCUACUCCACAUACACCGCCAUAUACUGGACCAACAAUUGUUCGUACUCCAUCACCUAAACCUCCAUCAAAUCAAGCAUUAUUAGUUGCAACAACUUUAGGUACUAAAUCAAAUUCUCCAUCAAAAAUGAAAGCAUUGAAUUCAAAUUUAAAUCCAUUACUACAACCUAUAAAUUUGAAAAAUGAUUCAAAACAAUCAUCACCUAUAAAUAGUAACAAUAUGAAUAAUUCAGCAAGUGCUAUAUCACCAUUACCACCAAUACAAGCACCACCACAAUUGAUUCAACAUAAUUCCAUGCCAAAUUUACCAACAACUGCACAACAAUCAUCUUCAACAAUCAGUGUAACUAAGACAAAACGUAAUAAACCACCAGGCUUUAUUCAAAUGCCAACACCAUCAAAUACAAUAAAUAAUUUAACUGUGUUGACUGAUAUACCACAACAACAUGAUAGUGAGAAUGUGAAUCAGUUUGGUAUUAAUCCAUUACAAGCUGCUCAUAUGCCAAUAUCAAUGACACCAGUCACUGAAAAAGAACCACCAAGUUUUCCAAUUACAAAUAAAGAAGACGAUGAUAAAACAAAAGAGACUACAACUACAUCACAAAUUCCUUCUUCUCGGCCACAUCAGAAUAGUAUACUGGGACAAAAGAAAUCAUCAUCAUUAUCUAAUUCAGUUAAUUUAUCUCAAUUAAAUAAUGUAGCUACUCCGUCAACUCAAAGAAAUGUUUCAAUUUCCUCACAAAUUAAAGAAACAAGAGAAUUUCCAAGUAUACCAGCAUUAAAUAAUGAAUUUUUUAUAGACUCAACUACUAAUAAAUCAAAACUUAUAAAUGAAUUAGAUUUUAUGAUUAAAACAUUUAGUCAAGGUUUGGAAAUAUUAGAAGAAAAUUUAUAG